GACUUACACUUUCAUAUACAUCUAAUCUAUCACUCCCACACACACCAUUAUCAAAUAUCCAAUGUCUCCUCCUCUCUCAUCUCAACUCUAACUUAGAACUUAAUUAUUAUUUUGUUGAAAGAAAAAACCAAUUCAAACCAAUCCAUCGUGCAACCCACAACCAAUUCCCUCUUCAUAUACACUCUCCUCCACCACCCCCAUUUCCAUCCAUUUCCCAUUUCCCAUUUCCCAUUUCCUCCCACUCCAUAAUCAUCAUCAUCAUCAUGGCCGAGCCCAGGAAAUCUUCCUCCCCUUCACCGGCCCCGCCGUUUGGUUCGUCUCCAUCGUCGUCACCACGUCCGGCUAUUUCACUCCAACCAUCUCCCAAACGCCCAGCUUUCUCCAAACCUACAAAGCUCCUCCGCCAAAUCCGCGCCGUCUUCCGCACACUUCCUAUUCUCUCACCUGCCUGCCGAAUUCCACUCAACGGCAGUCGGCUUCACGACGGCCACGUCCACGGCGGCACUCGGAUCACCGGAACGAUCUUUGGAUAUCGGAAAUCGCGAGUGAAUUUGGCGUUCCAAGAAAGCCCUAGGUGUCUCCCGAUGUUAAUUAUGGAAUUGGCGAUUCCGACGGGGAAACUUCUGCAGGACAUGGGGGUAGGGCUGGUUAGGCUGGCCUUAGAGUGUGAGAAGAGGCCAUCGGAGAAGAGGAAGAUUCUAGAUGAACCAAUUUGGACAUUGUUCUGUAAUGGGAAGAAAUCGGGAUAUGGGGUACGGAGAGAUCCGUCGAAUGAGGAUCUGAGAAUAAUGCAAACUUUGAAUGCGGUGUCGAUGGGAGCGGGAGUGAUUCCGGCGGAGGAGACGGGGGAGGGAGAUCAAUUGACGUAUAUGAGAGUGGAUUUUGAGCGGGUGACUGGAUCGAAGGAUUCGGAGACGUUCUAUAUGAUCAAUCCUGAUACCAACAAUGGUGCUGAAUUAAGCAUUUUCUUGGUUAGAAUUUAAAAUCUUCUUUCUUUCUUUGAUUUUCUCUUUAGCUAAAUAAUGUUAACUUAGAAUCUGUAGUUUGUCAUUAUUAGGUGUUAAUCUCUCUCUCUCUCUUUCUUCUAAAAUUAUGUUUGGUUUCCUUUGCCUUUUUGUAUAUUUUUCUAUAUUUAAUUGUUGUUGCUAAGACUCUCUCAUAUAUAUCUCGACUUAUAUUUGUCUUUUUAGAUAAAUCGAUGAUUUAAGAUGGUAUAGUAA